AUGCCAGAAGGGAAGUUUUCUUUUGGUAUCAUGUCGACCCCUGGGGCCCAUGCUGCUCAGCUGCGCACUGAGGUCCUACAUGCAAAGCAACAACCUGACCGCGAGCAGGACCGUCGACGAGGCAGCCGUCGACUACGCCCGAUUCCUCACUGCUGUGAGGAGCCGCUGGUCGAAGGAGCCGCUGGCCGGAGGUCUUUGUGGUGGACCCCCCCCCGCCUGAACGAGGAUGAGGAGCACCAGAGGGCCCUUCGCCACGCGUACCAUCGCGUGACAGCUCGUAUGGGUUUGAGGUACUUCUCUGCGGAGGAGUACUUCCCCCGUACGCGCUUGGAUCUGUGGAGCAGAGACGGCGUUCACCUGAGCGACCGUGAGGGUAUGGGGAUCCUCACCCAGCUGCUGUGGGCCUCCACGGAGCAGUUCCUCGAGACACCACCACCACCUCCCCCUCCCCCGGUGUCUCCUACUCCUUCACAGCCACUUAGGAAGGUUUCUCCUAAGCUGGUUGUGAAGGGAGAGGUACGUGCUCCUCUGUCUCCUGACCCCUUCCAGUGGAAGGUCGUUGGUCAGAGCAGCAAGCCGCAGGUUCCUGGUCCGGCCAGCGUGGCUCAGCAGCAGGAGAAGGAGUCCUUCCUUCCACUGAACCCACGGUGGUUCAGUAGCACGACCCUUUGUGCUAUGGAGGAAGUGUCUCCUUCUCAGCUGUCUGAUGUGGUGGACGUCCCAUCUCCUCUAGCGCGCAAGAAGGUGGCCUCCCCAGCAGCAGCCAGGCAUCAUAGGACCACGGAGAGACGCCCCCCCCGCCACCAGUCUCCUGUGAACAACCAGGUUGGAUCCCCUCCAGCCAGGCUGUCACGGAGACUGGAGGACGACGGCCCCUCCAGCCCGGUUCCUCGGUCCAGGACCACGGAUGGAGCACCCCCCCCGCACCCAAACUUCAGUGACCAACCAGCUGGUUGGAUCCCCUCCAGUCAGGUUGUCCUGUAGUUUGGGUGAUCCGGCGACCCCCUGCUGUUCACUGGUUGCGAAGGUGGCCAGGAUGAAGACCCCUUCACCGGUUGGACCAUCCCAGACCAUUAAAGCUGCCUGUCACUCUCCUCGCCCAGUUAAGACCGUCGGGACACCAGUUCCCUCAUCGUCCUGCUGGCCCUGGAUUAUCGAUGACGGACUUGCCACCUCUCAUUCCCCUUCUAAAGAGGAUGAUCCAGUGAGAAGGACCCUCUCUCCAGCAAAGACAACAACCCAGAAGAAAAUAAGGGAAGUAAUAUUUCAUUAAAUUCUCAGCUUUCACUUCAGAUGUUUACAUCAGUCUUUUGAACCUGUAACUAAUUUAUGUCUUUUAAAUC